CAAGUGGAUAUGGGUGUGAUAAUGAUAACUGUUUAUGGGAUUGGAUUGUACGAUGCACUGGUUUUCAUGAGUCACAAUGGAUCCGGUACAACAGCGGCCAAGACAAACAUGUAAAAGGAGACAAGUGAAUAAAAACAAAAUCAAAUGGAAGUUCUUGAAACUAAUCAUAAACAUUUUAGACUAAAACUCAAAUAAAAUUGAGAAUGAAUAACUUAAAUUAAUUUUUUUCGGAAAAAUCAAAUUACAAUUUUAAGUGAUUAAAAUAUUUAGUAUAUCAAAUUGAAAAUUGAAUUAAGUGAUAAUUUGAAAAGAAGUGAUAAGCAAUUGAUGUGAGUUGAUGAUGAUGAUAAUGGAUGAAUAGUGUUGCUGUGAUGGGGUGUGGUCAGAGCAAAAUAAAUCUCUACCCGAGGAGAAACAAAAAUGGAGGAAAAGGAAACAGUGCCAAAAAAUCAGGCGCAGCGGACAAAGAAGCGGACGAAGAGGAGGGUACGGCGGCGGGGACAGUGCCAGAAGACGAGCUUGCAAACGAUCCUGAGCACGGCAAACUAAGCUUGCCGCUUACCACACAUCAAGCUACUAUUGAGGUGUCGGCCAGCCAGCAAGAUUUCUUCAAAAUGCUGGACGAAAAGAUCCAAUCGGGAAAGGAUUACGAUUCUUCUAGUGAGACAGAAGUACAAAUGGAACAUGAGCGACGUAAAAUUCUUAUAGAGCAAUGGAGAUCAACGUCACAAUCAACGCAGUCUUCACAAUCUCAGCCGAGUCCCCCUACGCCCGCGCGAAGACGCGUCCCCAGACCGCCGGAGCGGCAGAGCAGUCCGGGCUCCGCCCGUAGAUACUGUCGCCAGCAACAUGUCCCCGAUGGCAUGUCACCCCCACCGAGGAGAGCUCACAGUGCCCAGUCUCACCACCACGACCCCAGACAAAUCAAUGGAGAUAACUGGCAUGAACCAACAAAAUCUCCUAUCAAAAGACCACAGAGCGCCGGAGCUAACUGGAAAAACAACCCUAAGGUUGCUCCAUAUAAUCAAAAACCAAAGAAAAACGAAGGAAAUGAAAAUCAAAAAUUAAACCAAAAAGACUUUGAGACAGGUUCUAAUCAGGACAUAUCUCUGAUCACUUUCAAUCCUACAUUCCAAACACACAGUCCAGCGCACUCCGUGAAAUCGCAACAGCCGUACAUAGCGCAAAUAAUAUCAUACCCUAUGUCUCAACAAGUUACACCUCCAUCUACACCGAAAUACAUAGCGCCACCAGAAGAAUACCAGGACCCUCAAAACAAUGUAGUUGAUAAUAAGUUCAGUAAUACCCAAACACAACCACCAGCAGGACAGGCACAAGCAAAUUCGCAAUCACACAUUUACUACAUUCAUGGUAAUCCCUCGUCCACCGUUCCCCAAGAUUUAGCUCAGCAAAGGCAACAAACAGCUAUACACUUACAGCAAUAUGUCGCUAUGAAGCAAGCCCAACAACAAAUGUUCACGUACUUGCAAAGGAGUCCGCAUACAGUUUUUCCAAAUGUUGACUUCACUCAAGUUGCAAAUCCUAGCAGAAUGUACGAAAGCGAGGAGUUUGUGUCUCAGUAUGGGCACCCAGCAAUGAGGCCACAUAGCGCGCCUACACCGGUAGGAGUCGUCAGGCCCAUGCCAGUAGCACCUGGUUUCAAUCCCAUGCCAGAUGGUACACAUAUGGUCCAGAUGCCUAUAUGGCCACAUAUGCCUCCAGUUGUUUCAACCAUGGGCCCGUGGGUACCAGGACAAGUGCCGCCGGAGAUGCAAUACUAUCCUCAAGCACAGUUCAUGCCAAUGUACCGUCCAAAUUCCGCGGGAUCUGCAGGAACAUUAACGAGGUACCACAAAAAGGAAGUGAGUGACAGUGAAGUGAAAAAUAACGUGUGCCAAAGCAUAAAUCUAGUCAGACAGAAGCCAAUAGGUCAAAUUGUGUCGAUCCCGGGACAGGAUUUGACGGUGUGUAAUAAUAUGAGCGAUAGCCCAAGCCCGGCCUCCGUGAGUACUGACAGUGGUGUGUCGCCAGGGAACAGUGUACCCAGUUCGAAAAAUUCCGUGUUCAGUACUCCUUCAACAGCCACAAAUGAUCCUUACUCCAACCCAAUAGAUAAUAAAGUUAAGAAAAACAAAACAGUACCAUUCAGCACGCGAUCUCUAAAGAACUCCAAGAGUCUAGAUUCUUAGUAAAUAUUUGUAAUUAUGUAGAUUUUCUAAUUGUAUGUACUUAGCGUCUAGUCGACGAGACUAUUUGUAAAGUAAUAGUGAAAUUAGAUUCCAAAGUGCUUGUCUUAUAUAAUGUGAUUUUAUAGUACAUUUUUUAUGGAUCGGUGUUUUAAUUGCCCUUAUCAUUGUAGUUUAUUGUAAUCUUAAAGGCUCGAAUGCCGAUAGUCACUGUUCUUACUGUGUCUGUUUUUUGUUAUAAUAUUUGGUUAUUUGUUAAACUGUUUCAUUUAAAAGCUAUUCAAACAAUUCUCACAUGUAUAAAUAGAAUACGUUAAAGUACGAAAUUAUAAUAUAUGAAUCAAAUGACCGUAAAGAAAUCGAUAGCAAGUUAAUAUUAAAGCAAUGUGUGGAAGGUUAAGUAACAAUGUAAGUCGAGGUUUGUGAGUAAUUCAAAACCGAAUAGCGAUAGAAUUUGUAAUUUGAACCUUGACAAAGGUGGCUUUGUUGACCUCGACAGUGAAAUAAAUAGAUUUAACUAAAGUUAUUUGUUAGAAAAUCCUGAAAAUGUACACGACUAAGUAAAUUGAGCUGCAGUAAUCUAAUUGAGCGUUGAAGGAAAAGCCGCUAACUGAAAAUUUUAUUUCAAUAAAAAAAUUGAGGGCAAUGUGACGAUGAAGAGACAUGACCUAACUAAAUAUUUGAGCUUUACUCAAUGCCACUGUAAAGGCAAAUUGGAUCUAUAUAUAGAAACUGAUAUUCUCGUACCACGCCCAGAUGAUUAUAACGAUUUUCAAAAUAUGAUACGGUUUCUAAUUCUUUUGUUUAAAUUCUACAAUCGUUUGUUUCUUCUAGAUAUAGAUAGGUAGUAAACAUCACUUCAUCGUCAAAUAAAACAGUUUUUGACCCGGAGUACUGUCAUUAAAAAUAUUUGAAACAUAGGUUACACUAUAUUAGAGACGAAAUUGUAUAAGUAUAUUGUUAUCGCCCAAUGUAAUUACGUACUUUCUUAAAUGUAUGAAAAGUUAUCAAGGGUCAUAGAAUGAAAGUGAGAAAAAUAAACCCCUCAAGGUUUAUUUCUGUUUCAAAAUUCGCUGUAUAAGCAUAGUAUAAUAAGCAAGUAGAGCAACUCCAGCCUGUUGGACACGUAAAUGGCUUCACUUCUCUCGAAGCGUAGGGUUGUUACAUAAUUAUUUUACUUGUACCUUUAACUUUGAAACAAAAUUUGAAGAAAAUAAUACUAGAAUAACCUUAGUUAAGUGCAGUAGGUACUUACGUAUUGUUUUUUUUAUACCAGACUUGCGGAUUGGUAUCUUGGUUACGGAAUACGAUUAUGAAGCAGAAAUUAAAUGCUGAACAAUUCUGAAUUUGGGGCACUCUUGUUCAAACUACCACGUCAACUAUUUGAUGUAAUUUUUUAGACUCCAAGCGAAGGCUUCAACUCUAUAAUUAGUGGCACGUGUGACGCCACGUGCUUUGUAACGCGAAUGCAUCGCGAGAUUAUGCGAAAGUGUGCGUCCGUAUAGGUCGCGUGACGGGCGUGCACACCAGGGCUGGGUUGUAUUUGAAUUACUUGUAAUUGAAAAAUAUAUAUAACUAUUUAAUAAAUAUUUUUUUAAUGUACUGACUACUAUGUGACAAUUCUACUACGCGGACAGUGCAGCACUAUUGACGUUACUAAACGAUA